CCCCCUCAGCUUCGAACACCUGAGCGUCCCGGGACAGCCACACCGGGCGAACGCCAUGCCUGAAGCCGAGGCUGGCAAGAGCAGAGGGGACGGGAAGAGGGCGAGGAGGAAGAAGGAGCAGCAGGAGCCAGAGGCCGAGGGGGAGAGCCGCCCCCCGCCGCUGCCGCCCGCCGGGACGGAGACCACGCCCGCCUCCUAUGUCAUCGAGUGGCUGUGUGCCCAGCCGGCCGCCGGCCCCGCCGAGGACCCGCCGUCCUUCCACGACGUCUACCACCGGCACGACGCCGAGAGGCCGCCGUCCGCCGCCGCCGCCUCCUCCUCCUCCCGGGGGCAGCGCAACGGCCUCGACAGCUACGCGCAGACCAUCCGGUACUGCGGCGGGCAGGAGAGGCCCGAGGAGCCGGUGCGGCUGGAGCGGGGGCCGAGGGAGGGCGGGCCGGCGGCGGUGAGUGGAAGGCCCGGCAUCACGGUCGCGGUGGGCGACCGGACGGUGGUUUCCCGCCCGCAGCCGCGCCGCGCUAUUGGCUGCCGCCGGUCUCCCGGGCAACCGGCGGGGGCGGGCGGCCCGCAGGCGGGGCGCGCUAUUGGCUGCCGCCGGUCUCCCGGGCAACCGGCGGGGGAGGGCGGCCCGCAGGCGGGGCGCGCUAUUGGCUGCCGCCGGUCUCCCGGGCAACCGGCGGGGGAGAGCGGCCCGCAGGCGGGGCGCGCUAUUGGCUGCCGCCGGUCUCCCGGGCAACCGGCCGGAGAGUGCUGCCCCCAGGCCGUGCGCGCUGAUGCUGCGGCUUACGCAGGGAUCGCCGACGUCACGGCCGGGGCUUGCGCAGGGAUCGCUGACGUCACGGCCCGGGCCCACACCGAGCGCAGGGAGCCGGAGCCCGGCGCUCGAUUAUCUCCCGCCCGGGGUCCGGGCAGCCCCGGUCCCAGCCCGGAGCGGGGCAGGAAGCCUCAGGAUGCAGCGCCUGGCAGGCAGAAGACGACGACGCCGACGACGGAGCCCCGGCGAGCAGCGACCAGCACCGGGGACAGCGGCCCGGGCGACGGGCCCCGGCUCCCGGGAGGGGCCGAGGUGCCCCGGCGGAUCUCCGGCGGGCAGCUCCCGGCACUCGGCAACGAGAAUCAGGACGUUGGAGGGGAAGACUUGAUGCAUCAACCACUGGGCAAAAGACUUAGCAGAGCUGGAGCAGAUAAGGACAUUCACCUGUCAGGAGCAUCAGUGCCACUGGACAAAAUGUCGACCGGGGAAGUUUCCAAAUGGCUGACAGACUCUAGCUUCCAGUCAUGUGUCCAACGUGCCAUAGGCAAUCAGUGCAAAGCCAUUGAGCAGCAAACUGAAGAGCCUUGGGCCGUGAAGGACAGGUGUAGCUCUUGUGGAACUGAAAAGGAGGCUGACACAUGUGGAGCAGCAAAAUCACUGGAGAGGAUGACAACAGAAGAGGUCUGCAAGUGGUUGACUGACUCCGGGUUCGAGACAUACGUGCCCUACAUCAGAGAGUUUGGGAUCACUGGCAGACAGCUCGCCAACACCGACUCUGAGCUCUUUGACCAGCUGCAGCUGCAGGGAGCCGAGGACAGGGAGAGGCUACUGUUUGCCCUGUACCAGGAGCUCAACCCAUCCGACAUGAAUGUUGAGGAGAUUCUGGGAGGCACCGACAUUGACAAUGUGUUCUCCAGUGUGGAGUUACCAACGGACAGGCCAGGCUCGGAGGACAGGAUUUCAGGAGAACAUUUGCUUCAGGCGAACUCCAGUUACAUAAUUCUCGAAGAUUCAGCGGUGGAAUCAAUGAUCAAGAACUCACCAGUGGACAUUUCAUACGCUCACCAACCUCAGCAAUUGGCUCCGGACACACCAAGUAAAUUGCUACCAUCGCCUCCCGCUGUUCCUGAACAGGACCAGAUGCCUCUGCUGGAUCAGAGGGUGCUUGAACUGUCACAGGUGGUGGAAGACGGACUGCGGGAAGCGGGGCGCCAAGUCCAAGAGUGUGAUCUUCGGAAACCAGUGGAUCCGGUGCUGAUGAAAGACCGGCUGGGCUGUAUCCAAGCAAUGAUGGAAGAGGUGGAAGAUAAUAUCUUGCAGAUCGAGUUACGGCAGCGGUCCUGCAGUUGGGAAGACAGGAACCCGGCCAAAGCCUCAGGUGAAGGAACUGCGCUGGAGCUGCAUCUGAUCCAGCAGAAACUGGCCUUAAUCCAGCUGAUGCAGCAGUUUUCCCAGGCGGGAAAACACAGCUCCAUGUGAACAACCUCCAGGGCCUGUUGCAGCAGGGAAGGAAACCUCUGUCACCGCUGUUUCCUUCUGCAGCCCAGUUAACCUACAUGUGGAGGUGGACAUGAACCCACGAGAGCUGUGCUUCAGUCUGGACAUUGAUUCGUCAGGG